GUUCCCAGCGGCCCUCGCGGCAGGUUCCGGGCGUCAGGACUGUGCGUGAUGGCUUGGGCCGGUUCUGCCGCUGUGUCCGGAGCAGGGACUCCGGUGACGGGACCGACGGGCCGAGACCUCUUCGCCGAAGGACUCCUGGAGUUCCUGCGACCGGCUGUGCAGCAGCUCGACUCUCACGUUCACGCCGUCAGAGAGAGCCAGGUUGAGCUCCGGGAACAAAUUGACAACCUAGCCACAGAACUGUGCCGUAUCAAUGAGGAUCAAAAAGUGGCCCUGGAUCUCGACCCCUAUGUUAAAAAGCUUCUUAAUGCCCGGCGACGUGUUGUCCUGGUUAACAACAUUCUUCAGAAUGCUCAGGAACGGCUGAGACGGCUAAACCACAGUGUUGCCAAGGAAACAGCCCGCAGAAGGGCAAUGCUGGAUUCAGGAGUUUACCCCCCUGGUUCCCCAAGUAAAUAACAGAAAACGAGUCCACAACCUCAGAAUAGCACAAGAACUGUUCCCCAGCUGACCUGCUUCAACACACAUGCAAAACUUCUAGGAGGCAAUCCCUAUGGACCUUGGCGCAACAUUAAAAAGAUAGCCCUGUGGUUUGUUUGAAGCACUGGGUCUUACCCAUUUAUGUAGGAGCUCCAGGGCCCUAUGUGCAGCUGGACAGAGGUUCUCAAAGGACUUAAAUUAUGGCUUUUCCUUCCAUGAAUGAGCUGAGACCUUUACAUUUCAUAUAAGCUACUUAUUAGAAGCCUACCUUCUGUAAGCCUGGUUAAACACAAACAUCCUUUGUUACAUGGGCCUGGGCAGCCAGCAGUUCUCUACCUGUGACUUGUCAUUUGCCUUUGUGCACACAGAGGAUUGGGAGGGGAGGGAAGGCAAAGUCAAGGUGGACCUUUGUCCAACCUUUUAAAUUUUGCACUGGCUUUAUUUUUCUUUGCAGUUUUUGGCCAGAGCCUGGUUUGAACCCGCCACCUCCGGUAUAUGGGGCCGGUGCCUCACUCCCCUGAGUUACAGGCGUCACCCUGCACUGGCUUUAAUAUACUAAGUGAUGCUAGCCACCACUUAAUUCAUUAAAUACUUCAGUAAUCUUCUAAUUUAUUCUAUGAAAAGAUUCCAGGAGUCUGCUUUAAUUCAAAUACAGCUUCAAGUUGUGAUGUUAACUGUGUAUAGUUAAAAGACUCAAUUAUCACUUUUAUUGAACAGUAUACAAAGCAAAAGGUGCCACAUGCUAAGGAGAAACAAGACCAAGAGCCUCACUAGGAAGUACUUUGUUUUUCUUAGAAAAAAAAUUUCUGGACAGUAACAGUUUACAACACUUCAAAAAAAUUAAUGGCUGAGGUUUUUCAGGAGUUGGGGACUCAAAAAAAAAUGGUGGUAUCCUGCUUCAUUAUAAUGGAUGACAGGGGCCAUAAAUGUGAGACUUAACGGCUA